AUGUACACCUCAAUCAAGACUCUGGCCGCAGCCGUUGCUCUGCCUCUUGUGGCAGCCCUGCCUCUCAGCCAGCGUGCCGAGGCCGCUUUCGACAGCACCAAGCCUUUCACCCUCCACACUGAAGUCGCCAAUGGCACUUCUGCAUUGAACAACCUGUACUUGACGUCUUUCCACGUCGGUGCUGCUCAGAACACCGUUGUGGGCAGUGCCAAUAGCAGUCAGGCUAUCGGAUGGACUCUCUCAGACUCGAUCCUACAGCAGCCCAUUGCACUUCAGGGCGCCCCUGCCGGCUUCGCAUACAAUCUCAGUCUACCUUUGGCGGCUCCUUACGGAUCCGAUGCUCCUUCUGGCUACGAGAUUGUUUCCUUGGGUGUCACUGGUGUAGCUACCACCGGCUUCUACUUCAAGGACUCCGCUCUUGCCUGGUCCGGCUCGAACGCUACGACCGCGCCCAAAGCUUUCGACGGCUGCUUCGCUGUGUGCCAAGUCAACGGUACCGCUCCUUACUUCACUCUUGGACGCCAAUUCCAGCUGUUCUGGAAGGAGAACAACGCUUCGACCAGCUCUCAUUGUGCUGAUGUCAAGCUGGUCGGAGCCAACCUCGCCUAG